AUAAAAGUUUUAUUUUGUUCCAUUUUCGUUAAUUUUUUCGCAUUGCAUUCAACAGGCAAUAAAUUUCGUCCUUCUAUAAAAAAUAUAUAUAUUUAUAUAUGCAUACAACUACUUCCUUCCUGGGCACUUAUGUGUUUGUUACGACGCUGUCCGGAUUUCAUUUACGCUCACUGUAGUUGUCUUUUGUCAUAACUUAAUUUAGCAUGGUGCUUUCCAAUUCAAAUUUACAUUGGAUAGCAAAAAAGUUUGAAAUGCAUUGCAGAUAAAUUCCGAUUUGAUUUGUCUUUAAUUAAUAUAACUGUCUCCAUUUAACCAUAUGUUCCUGAUACCCUUAAUAAUAUUUUUUCUGAUAGAAAAAGGGUACUGCAAUGUCCCAUUUGAAUUUCAGGAAAGUUUAUUAUUUUUCACAAGAAAAAAAAUGCUGCAGCUGCGUGUAAAUUUUUAAUAACUACCGAGAACUAAAGCGAAAAACACCUGAUGACAAGUUUUAAAUGGUUUCAUAAAUCUUUAAUAAGAAAUUGUUUAUUUAAAGAGUUCGGUUAUCCGCAGACAGAAAAUAACAAUCGUGAAGUUAGUCAAUCAAUGUCGAUACGGCAGUUCGGAAAGGAGGGGAACUCGCAUUCCAAUCAGAAAGCAAUCGAACAAUAGUUGACAGUUCGUGGUCGUCAUAUUUUUCUCGAUACACGGCGGGCAGUGGAGUGGCCGCGUUUGUUGGUAAAAUGCAUUGAAAUUGUUUUAAAAACCAGCCACAAGGCACUCUAUUGGUAACACAACGAAUACAUGGUGCAAUUUUUCGAAUUGGGCACGUGCAAGUUAUAGAAUUUAGGCGUGAACUCUCCAUUCGAGAGUUGUCGAAACCUGACAGCUAUUGUGAAGGCGAGUGCAAAUUUUUCCCCCACAUCUGAAGCAAAUCUAGUUGGCCCCUUCUGACCAGUGAUCUGUGUCGAAACAAGUGUUUAGCAUAGGCAAAUGAACAGGACAACAAUACCGAAAUUGUGUACUCACGGGCUCGGGCAACAUAUCGCCGUGCAGUCCAUUUGUUGAGAAACGUCGCCUGGACUGACGGUAGCCCAGAAACGUUUUGCGCGAUUAACGGUACAAUUGUGUGGAAAUCUAGUGAAUUUGCAUAAUCCGUGAAAAUCGAGCGAGAGUAGAAGCGCGUGGAGUCAAUGGUCGCAGCGCGACUUCCCAGCUGUCGCGGAAAAUGGAUGACUUGGGUGCGGAGCAUUUGAGUCAACUGUCGUCAUCUUCGAGCAACACCGCCAGCAAAAAGUCGGAUUCAUGUGCAAUUUUCGAUAGCUCGUCUGCGGCGGGUGCACCCACAAAUCAAGUUGCCACUGCAGUCGAGAAGGAUGCAAAAUCGGCAGCGCAAAUGCAUCUGGGUGGCCGCGAACGAGACGGCAAGCGACUGGUGACAGAUGCCAGCGGAGCGACGUGUGUUGCGAGCAACAACGGUGACAAUGUUGCGGGCGAUGCGAGCAACGGUCGGGCCCGUGUUGCUGCCGUGGAUGCACCUGUGGACGACGAUUCUGACGGGAAGGAAAAGGCCGACGUAACGCCAGAGAAUUUGAAAAAAAUCGUGGAUGAUGUCAUGAGCACACCCUCCUCUGGUCCACGCGACGCUGAAGUGGAAGCGGACACGCCAGGGAGCAAGAGUGCAAGUGAUGGAAUUUCGUCGCCCACCACAUCGGCCGACCAGGUGUCUGACCAGGUAGCGGUGGACGACACGGCGACGGGGGACUUGCAAAUUGUUGAGGAUGAAUCACCGACGAAACAAGCUCUGGCUUUUACCAUCGACUUUAGUGAUGGCAUGGAAAAGAAUGCGGCCGCGGCGGCCGCCACUUCGCAAAAGUAUCGCAACAUGGUCGAACGCUUUCAGAGUCGUCAUCGUCGCGGUGCUUCCAUGUCGAAAAUUGAGGAUCAGCCGGCCCCUACCACUCCGGUGACGGGGCGAACACCUCGCGUUGGGUCGGCACAAAGUGUACGCCAGAAAACAGGUGAAACGAGUGAAGCCAAUAAAGUGAAAAUGAGAAUUCGUGAUCAAAGUACUUCCGGUGUGAGGGACGCGAAUAAGAGGCACAGCUGGUCGCCCAGAUCCAGCACGCAUGAACCGCUUGAACCACAGAAACCAAAGGAAGUGAAACAGGUUGAACCUGCACGACCUAGUCGCCGAAACAUCACCACAACGACAACUACAACAAAUUCGAUAGCACCCCAAAACGUAAAUGUCAAAGACGAACAAAAUACAAAAUUUGCCCCUCGAUCAACAGCAAUGCAGCUAGCUCUGAACAAAGUUGAAUUUUCGUGUCCCCAGCCACCCUUAGAUGAUAUCCGUAAGCAAAAGAAGCUAGAUGAUGAUGAAUCAGUCAGUGAGGCGGGCACAUACACCGUUGAUGGUGAUAAUUAUACCGAAGAACAAAAGGAAUUGAUGAACAUCGAUAAAUCAAACAAAAGUCCUGAACGGCGCCGACUUCGUUACCAUGAAGAUGAGCAACUACUUACGGAUACUGGACAGAGCCGUCCAACUGAUCUUCCACUCCAUUUGUCCUCAUCGAUUGAAAGUCGACGUCGCAAUAACGUUUUAGAAAUAAGUUAUUAUCAUGAUUCAACUAGUCUCAAGCCGAAGAUAUCAUAUUUAGAAAAAAUUAAGUCGCGCGUGAAAAGUAUUACUAAAUCACCUGAUAAACAAGAAAAUCCGAUUGCCGACCGUGGGAUGUUCACAAGCGUAACCACAAGUGGUGUUCUUAGCAAAAAGCCAACUUUAGACGCACGGCCGAAGCUUCAAAGAAAAAAUAGUUUAACGAAAUCGCAUAUCGACAGCUCGGAAUACGUUAGCGCAGAUACCAGUUCAAAAUCCAGCGCAACUGGAAGUAGUGUAAUGCAGAGUUACCCAAAUACCGCUUUUACGGAUCAUCAAAAGGCAGAAUAUAAACUUAAUGUCUUUGCGAAACAAUCUGAACACUUCACCGGUGAAAUAACACCACUUCAAACUCCAGAAUCUCCACCAGGUGUAGUUGAUUUACCGGACACUACCGUUCUAAAGACCGCACAAACUAAAAGCGAUUGGAUACAGGAGUGGGCACGGAACGCUCGAGCCCGUAGUGCAACGGUCAAGAGCAAUAACUCCGAUCAAAUGUCCCGCAGUUUCAACUUUGAAAGUUGCGAAGAUUCUAUGUUAAGUGACCCGAUUGCAUAUCACUCGAAGCAAAUUGAUCGAUACCGGCACCAUAGGAUGGGUGAUAUGGAGUAUGCUAGCGAUACGAAUUUAUCAAACCGAAAAAUAAUUCCUGGCUAUGACUAUCAAAAUGUUUGUAUGGGCAAUGGAAACGUAACUGCACGUCCACCCUUGAGUCCAUCGAAAAUUCCGUCACCUGUACACACCGUUGGUCGAACUCGAGCCGUGAAUCGUACACGGGGCAGUCUUCAGGAUCUCUCCCCAAAUGCAUACACGCCUGAGACGGAUGUUUAUUUACAGAAGACUGCAGCAGCGAUUUCGAAUUUAGCACAAAGUUUAAGUCGCAAAAAUUCCUUGCAAAGUUCACCAUCGAGUAAUAAUAAUUCACCGCGGCGUGGAGACGUUUACCAGCCAUGUCAUCAAAGCCAACACUACUCAGCCGAUGAAUACAGUCCCACUCACAAUAAUCAUCAUCAUCAGCAAGGAUUACACAAACGUCACUUAUCGCAAGGUGACUAUCGAACAAACUUAAUGUCACACAGUCUAAAUAGCGACCAGCUGAACGGAAUGCUGGUAGAUUAUAGAAGCAAGCAGCAUCAACGUCCACGACAGCGUCAGAAUUCUUUCGAUGCGGCUAUGUACUCGCCAAGACGUGUAUACCCUUCUCAGCCAUUGGGACAUUCAAUACACCAACAUCCUGGCAAUUUUAUUGAACAAACUAAUCCAUCGAUCAAACACCAACCGCAGCAACAAUCUCCCAUUCGUCGGUCGAGCUCUUUUUCGAACAAAGUGCAUGCUCUAGGGCGCACCAAAGGUAUUGCAAACCAGUCUGGAUCGAACAAAGGAGCGCAAUCUCGUCCACCACUCACCAAUAAGAACACCAUUCAGAAAUCAGCAAGUAGCACCAGUUUUAGGAAAAUGUACAGCGACUACGACGAUAACAUUGAAUAUUAUAUCAAUGACGAAGAUGACCUCGUUGAUGAUUAUUGUUCUUCAGAUGAAUUCGAUGAUCCGAAUGAAUAUUAUGCUGGAGAAGCACCUGCUGUUGAACCGGUUGAACCAUUAACCAAUACCCGGUACAAUAAGGCUUUACUUAUGCGAAUUGAGCGAAGCAAACAGAAAGUCGCUGGUAAUAAUCCAUCAACAGUAGCGUCUCAAGGAAAACCCCUUACGGGUGGCGUGAUAGCAUGCCCUAAUACCCCCGAAAUGCCACGACGUUCCGCACAAAAUGCGGUUAGGUCAUCACUUCGGCAAUCUGUACCAAGAGAUUCUAGCUUAAAUCGUUUACGUGGAGAAGUUCCGAACUCCUUGGCGUCGGCUAAGAAGCAACUUCUACAGACGGCCACUCAGAACUCUGUAUCGAAAAAGGUUCAACCUAAGUAUAUGGAUAUUUCGAAAUACAAAACAAAUCAGUCAGGAAAUUUCCUUCGUAAGGAUGGAUCAAAGAGCACCUUAGUGUCAACACCACGAAAUGAAAUCAAGAGAAGUCCAAGUAGUGCUUCCGUUGUGCUGAAUCGCAGCGAUCCAGUCCGGGCGAGUAAUCGGAGUGUAAAAUCUGCUGGCGGGAAACCAAGUGGUAAUCCAGUUGCUAAGCAGAAAGAAAAUGAAUUAGCAAUGUGGCGUCGACGAGCCACCUACGAUCCAAUGAAAGCUGCCGCCGAAGGGCGUCGGAAGCAAGAGGAAGCCAAAAGAACAACCCAACCAAAAACUUCAGAUAGUUCCGUAGUUAUGCGAUCACAAUCAUUUCAUAGCGGCGUUGGACAACUUUCGGCAACUAGUCGUAAUAAUAACGAUAAUAGUCAUCAUCAACACCAAAAAAGAUUGCCAGGUACAAGUGGCGGUGCUGGCCUUCUACCAGCUACUAAUAGUAAUUCCGUAAAUAGUAAUGACGACAACGACGAGAAUGAUGACAAUGGGGAUUGUGCAUAUGGGAGUGAGAACAGUAAAAAUAAUCGAUGGACAUUAACAUCAACUGAAUCAAGUGAUGAAUGUGAUGAUGGUGAUUUCAAUCGGCAUACAAAUAUGUAAAUGCGAGGAAGCUAUAUAGCUAUAUAUCAUACUUUAAAAUAUUUGAUUAUCAUAUAUAAUACUAUAGAAAUGUGCAAUUUUAUCUCUUCAAAUGAUAGUUUAGUGCGUAAUGAUAAUAUAUCCUAGAUCAGAGGAAGAAUCCAAUGUGUAAAUUAUAUUGACAUAUUCUAGCAAUCAAAAAAGAAUCAAUGAAAGUAGUAUUUAACUUGAAUAGAUGUUUUAUAUAUUGUACGUGUAAUUAAAAAAUGAUGGCAUUAUAUGGGAGGUCGAGGUGGAAAAUCAAAUCAAUAAUAAUGAUAAUAAACCGGGGAGAGACAAUGAAAGUGAUAUUAAAGUUUUACUAUAGUGAUAUGAAAUCGAAUAGGGUCUAGCGAAAAGCAGAGUGAACAAUUUACCUUCAAGUUAGGAAAAGUUGAAACCAAUUAAAAAUUCUAAAAGUAGAUAUUUCAACUAUUUACGUUUUCGAAAGAUACUGGUAUCUCUAAAAUAAUUUAAAACACUUCAGGUUCAACUGUCGUUUAAGUUCUGUUAGCAGGGAAACGUAGCGAAAUUCAUCGUCCAAAAUUAAUUUUCCAAUAGAAUUUAGUUUUUUCAUGCUCAGGCAAUUGUUUUCAGAUAAACAGAACCGCACUUUGUAGAAUGAAUUGUGAUUGGCGUGACAAAUGAUUCAGUAGAAGAACAUUUAUUGCACAAAAUGAUUACAUUAAGAAAGAAAAAUGAAGCCAUUUUAUGAAGAAAAUAUUAGAGCAAACGAAAUUAUUUAAGAAACUUAGAUAGAUGUCCUUUCAAUUAUGGAUCUGAUCUUUUAUUUAUUUAUAAUUAUCUUUUGAAACUCGGAUUUUAUUAUUUUGGUUUUCAAUUUGUUUUUAUUGAUAUUGUUUCGUUUAAUUUUGUAUUUGCUUACAAAUGGUCACUCCAAUUGUCCAAAAGACGCUGUGCAAAAUCACAAUCCAAAUAUACCUAACAAGAAUUCAGUUAAUUUUUAGAAUAUCUCUUUUUUAAACGAAUACAUUUAUUACCGUAAUGGUGGAUUAGAUGACUUUAAAGCCCCCAAAAGCAACUGGAAUAGAACUUACAUGGUUAGAUACAUUUGAAAGAGCUAGUAAAAAGUUUAGAGUGAAAUUCCAGAAAACCAAAAACAAUAAAUAUGAACAAAUUCUCCAGAGACCAAAAAGAAAUGUAAAACAAAACUUUGAGAUAGUUACAAUUAAUGUGUACCGUUAGUCUAUUAUAUUUAGCUAUGCUAGAAAAAGAAAUUGAUUUACAGAAGAAUACUCAUUUUCAAAUUCGUUUUCUUUCAAAGAAAAUUAAAUCAUUAAAACCAGAAGUCAUAAGCAUAUAUACAUACUGCAUAGAAUAAAUGGAAAGGAAUUUCGAUGAAAUCUUCUUUUGUUAUCGAUUUGUUGUCUAUUUUAGUUUGAAUAACUAAAACUAUGACCGCCGAAAUGAAAAUAUAAAUACGAAAGAAACGGCUUUGUAGAGCGAUGUUAUGUGGGAAACACUGAAUUGGAACUGAAAACAAAUAUCCAAACAAACCAACUGCUUCUAAUAAGCAUAUAUAGUAUUAUGUUAAACUCAUUAAAUGUUCGAAAGUUUCAAAACAAUUGAAUAAAAAUCAGACAACUCAAAAUUAUCCAUUGUGAGAAUUCAUAAGUCGCUCUAUAAACCUCGUUUACAUAUGUAAAUGCAUACAUAUGUACACAAACGAUUCAAAUACAAUAUUCAAACUACAUAUUUUUGAUGGAUUAUUGAAUAUAUACAUACAUGCAAACAGUAUAAAAUUACGAGAAUAAAAUAUGUAAAGAAGAAAACCAGAUCUAGGAUCAUCUUAAAUAGAAUCGAAUUAAACUUUAUAGUAUUAGCAGAAUAUGUAAAAAAUACGUCCUGAUUUUGAUCACAUUUAUGUAAGCAUAUACUUUUAUCUUUAUAUCGUUGUAAUUUCAACAGAAUAAAUAUUGUGUAUUGUUUUUAUACAUUUUAUUUGAAUGUAGAAAAGUUUAAAUUCAAUCUAUAAUUUAUAUUGUAUUAAAUCGCUUUUCUAUUAAAGAAACAAUUGUUUUUAAAAAUC